AUGGCCAUUGAGUUGACCCUCGUGGUGAAGCCACAAGCACACAAACCUUCCGAGCCUUUGCCAGGGUUGUACGUUUCGGAGCUCAACAAUCAUCGGGUGACUCGAUGGCUCAAUGCUUCCGCUGAGAUUGUGAUGGGUGGAUUUGGACGAGGUUCUGAAAGAAGUCAGUUGGCUGGACCACGAAGUAUUGUGAGUGGUGCAAAUGGUGCUAUUUACAUAGCUGAGAUUGGCAACCAGCGAGUGUCAGAAUGGAGCUUGCAGGGCAGAGGUCUUGCUCAAUACGUCAAGACGAUUGCUGAAAACACUCCAGCAUGCAGUUUGGAGGAACCUGGUGCCAUUUGUGUGGACAAUGAUGGACAGCUUUAUGUUGCUGAUUCCAAGGCACAUGCAGUGAGUUGCUGGAUUGAAGAGAACACGAGGAUUGAAGGGAGGAUUGUAGCUGGUGGAAAAGGUCCUGGAGAUGACUUGGAUCAAUUAAACCGACCAACCGGCGUUGCUAUAGACGACGACGGGACUUUGUACAUCGCAGAAUUUGGGAAUGAUCGUGUAACUCGCUGGGCUCCAGGUGCCAAGAUGGGUGAAGUGGUUGCUGGUGGCAAUGGUUGGGGGGACGACUUGGAUCAACUGGCUGGCCCAGUGGCAUUGUCUUUGCAGGGCAGCUCGAAACCACGCACCAAAAAACCGCACGACACAGCAUUUGCCAUCCUGGUUUGUGAGCUAGGCAACAAUCGAAUCAGUCGAUGGUGGCCAGGCGAAAGACGGUGUGAGGUUUUAGUUGGGCAUGGAACACUUCCAGAGCUCAUGGGGCCCCAGGAGAUCUUUUACAAUGACGAGGAUGGCAGUAUCUUUGUCAGUGAAGCCGGCAGCAGCCGUGUAACGUGCUGGAAACCUGGUGCGCACUAUGGACAGGUCGUUGCAGGUGGAAAUGGUCGAGGAGACAAUCUGGACCAAGUGAAUGGACCAUUUGGUGUUCUUUUGCUUCGAUAG